AAUUUUAUUCUCACUUUGUCCACGGAGAAUCGAGGAAGAUAUUUUUCCGGAGUUCUAGCAUAUUUUGGAAUUACAACGAUGGCUUCUCGUCGCAUCGCGCAAUCGAGCAUCAACUGGGCUGCUCUGGCCGAGCGGGUGCCACCGAACCAGAAGGCCAACCUCGCCGCCUUCAAGACGAAGAGCGACAAAUACUUGCGCAGUGUCGUGGCCAACCCAGAGACGGCACCGAAAAUCGAUUGGGCCUUCUACCAGAAGAAUGUUCCCGUUGCGGGCAUGGUUGACAAAUUCCAAAAGGCGUACGAAGCCCUGCAGAUCCCCUAUCCUCCGGAUAACGUAACCAAGCUUGUCGAAGCACAGGAGAAGGAGGUUCAGCAGGAGAUUGCCAAGUUCGUCAAGGAAUCCGAGGCGCGCAUUGCCGAGCACCAGGCACAGAUUGCUACGCUGAAGAGCCUGUUGCCGUUCGACCAGAUGACAAUGGAAGACUUCCGUGACUCUUUCCCUGAGCAAGCUCUGGAUCCGAUCAAUCGCCCGACCUUCUGGCCCCAUACUCCGGAGGAGCAGGAGCCUGGUGCACCGAACGCUGAGCCGCACCAUUAAAGACCUUUCGCCAUUGCCACGAUUGCAGUGUUUUUCAGCGACACCACGAAUCGGUGAAACCGGCGUAGCUCCGGCAUAGAAAUAAAGCAGUCUGCAGAUUACUAACUCCA